UUCUGUGAAGGGGCACAUUCGCAGUGAACGCUGAAUGCAUCACUUGGCUUGAGUAAUAACAUCACCUCUUCUUAUACAUCUCCUACCCGCUGAUAUUGUACCAUCAUGUUGGCCUUGAACCGCCUUGCUCUUCUCUUGGGCACCUGGUCUUUGGCGUGGGGCCACCCGGUGAAUCACAAACGGGCGUCCAUCCCUGGCAAGUACAUUGUCACUCUGAAGCCCGGGGCAGACAUCACGAGCCACAUCACAUGGGCAAACGGCAUCCAGGCCCGCAACGUGCGCCGUCAGGACGCUGGCAGCGGCGUCACCAACCAAUACGCCUUCAACAGCUUCAGUGGCUACGCCGGAGCCUUCGACGACGCCACCAUCGAGGAGAUCCGAAACAGUGCCGAGGUCGCCGCCGUGGAGGAGGACGCCGUCUGGGAGCUCUACGAGCUGACCACACAGGCUGACGCGCCAUGGGGUCUUGGCUCCAUCUCGCACAAGACGGAGAACUCGACUGAUUACGUCUAUGACACCGAGGGCGGUGUCGGCACCUAUGCUUACAUCAUCGACACCGGUUUGUUGACGACGCAUGUCGAGUUCGAAGGGCGUGGUUCCCUCGGCUACAAUGCCUACCCGAACACUGACUUUGUCGACCUGGUCGGCCAUGGCACCCAUGUCGCCGGCACAAUCGGCGGGCGGACGUAUGGUGUGGCCAGGCAGGCCAGCCUGAUCUCCGUCAGGGUCUUCGAUACCGCCGGCUCCACCACUGCGAUCGUCUUGGACGGGUACAACUGGGCAAUCAACAACAUCACUGCCGAGGCGCGAGAGGCAACCUCCGUGGUCAGCAUGAGCUUGGGCGGCGGCUUCUCCUCAGCCUUCAACGCCGCCGUGGCCGCCGCCUACGACGCAGGCAUCACGACCGUCGUGGCGGCGGGCAACAACGGCCUCGACGCGAGCAACUUCUCGCCCGCGAGCGCGCCCGAGGCCAUCACCGUGGGCGCCAUCAACAUCAACAACACGAAGCCGUCGUUCAGCAACUACGGCACCGUCGUCGACGUCUUCGCGCCGGGCGUCGACACCCUCUCGGCGUGGAUCGGCUCCGACACGGCCACCAACGUCAUCUCGGGGACCUCGAUGGCGACGCCCCACGUCUCGGGCCUGGUGCUGUACCUCAAGACCGUGCUGGGCGGGCUCGAGGCGCCCGCUGACGUCGCUGCCAAGGUCACGGAGCUGGCGACUGCGGAUAUCCUCAGUGGGCUGGGGACGGGGAGUCCUAAUCUGAAGGCUUAUAAUGGGAAUGGGGCUUGA